AGAAGCAGUAUUUAAACCCUUCGGCGCUGCGGCAGAUUACUGGCACACCUCGCAGGGCCCGGCACAGAAGGGAAUUGCAAGCCCUGCGCAGCCAUGAGAGUGCUGAUUGUCGUCGCGUUCUGCGUCUGCCUUCUCUUGGUCCUCCAGGAGACUGCAGGUGGUCGUCAGGGCGACGACAGCGGGGGGAAAGAGGCAAGAGCGAAUAAUCCAGAGAAAAGAAGAGACGGAAUCAGAAAGGGAAGGAAAUCCAACGAAGCUAAUGCGAACGCGAUUCGGCGAAAAGACGAGGGAAAUGAAGCUCCCGAGAGGAAUCCUCCAAAGCGAGCAAUGGAAAAGCCUAAAGAAGAAAAAACACACAAUAAUGUGAAGCCAAAGGAACAGAAGGACGAGAAAAUUAAAAACACCAAGAAUUCGCGGAAGAAAUCACAAAAAAGAAAUAAGAAAGUAAACAAAAACAAUGAUCCAAAAGACACCAAGAAUUCGCGGAAGAAAUCACAAAAAAGAAAUAAGAAACUAAACAAAACCAAUGAUCCAAAAGACAAGACGCACGAUAGUACCAAGAAGAACCCAACAGAGGAAAUAAGGAAAAUGAAUAAAAAAGAACAAGAAAUAGAGAGAAGCGGAAAUGCUGGAAGGAAACCACGAAAGGAAGAAAAGAAAUCUCGUGGAAGAGACAGCAAAGACAAGUCGACCGCGAAUGGACGACUAAACACAAAAGUCAAUCUUACAGAGAGAAAGAACAGUAAUGGCUUUGAAAGUGGCUCUAAAGCCAAGGACAAGAGCGACAAAAGGAAAUGCAGAAAAACACCCAAACGAUGCUCCAGAAAAGGAGGCGAGUGCGUCCCGGACGGCUCCUGCUCCGGCGGCCAGAUCGACGACGCCUGCAAAGGAGCCUCCUGCGUGUGCUGCCUAAACGGGUGCGCACCAAAGCGGAAAUGCGUUAACAUGCAGGGGAAUUGCAAAUCGAAAUGUGGUCCCAAGGAGCGAAAACUGAAAGGCGCUUGCGAAGGGGACGGCUGCGUAUGCUGCUACAAACGCUGCAAGAAGAAGGGGAAACAAUGUGACGGUUUUUGUGUAAAGACCAAAAAGGAAUGCAAGGGCGGUAUAUUCACAGAAGGUGCCUGUAGUCGCGGGUGUUCUUGCUGUACACCCAAGUGCAAGCCGAGGCGCAAAUGCAAAGAUGGUUAUUGCGUUCUCAAGAAGAAGGACUGCACAGGCACCAUUGUGCCAAACGGCUGUAAAAAGAAGCCCAAGGGAAAGUGUUUCUGCUGCGUUCCAACCCCGUCCACUACCGCAACUACCACCGCCACUACCUCCACUAGAACAUUCCCUACAACUACUAUAAGAACAACCGUUGUUACUACCACUACACCAGCAGGAAGUAGCACUACACCAGCAGAAAAUACCACUACACCAGUAGGAAAUACCACUACACCAGUAGAAAAUACCACUAUGCCAGCAGGAAAUACCACUACACCAGCAGGAAAUACCACUACACCAGCAGGAAAUACCACUACACCAGCAGGAAAUACCACUACACCGGCAGGAAAUACCACUACACCGGCAGGAAAUACCACUACACCGGCAGGAAAUACCACUACACCGGCAGGAAAUACCACUACACCGGCAGGAAAUACCACUACACCAGCAGGAAAUACCACUACACCGGCAGGAAAUACCACUACACCGGCAGGAAAUACCACUACACCAGCAGGAAAUACCACUACACCAGCAGGAAAUACCACUACAUCGGCAGGAAAUACCACUACACCGGCAGGAAAUACCACUACACCGGCAGGAAAUACUACUAUACCGGCAGGAAAUACCACUACACCAGCAGGAAAUACCACUACACCGGCAGGAAAUACCACUACACCGGCAGGAAAUACCACUACACCGGCAGGAAAUACAAUCAACAGCAUCCUCUCUGCUUUGAAUGCACGAGUCGCAGUUCUUCUUGACCUCCAGAGAAGUCUUGUUAAUGUAUCAAAUGAGAUACAGGCGUCACUAGACAUUUUUAACAAUAUCAGCACAACAGUCAAUACCAGGAGACAUCGGCGAAACGUUGGCAUCCUCGAAGCCCUGAACUCGCUGCUGGACAGAGUCGCAACAGCCAUAGGCCGCAACGACUCGAUGGGACUGACAGCUCUCGCGCAGGAUAUAAAUACCCAGAGAAGUGACCUGGAGACGCUCGCCGCUAAUGUCCGGACAAACUCCAGCCUGGUCGCUGAAAUAAAGAGCAGCGUUGCUACUACAUUCCAGAAAUUCCAGACAACAACAGCCAUGUUAAGGGCGAAAGAUAACCAGAUAAAGAUCGAGGUUGAUAUGCUGCAGCAACAAAUUUCGCAGCAGGGAGGAUCCACGGUCGCCGUCUCAACAGCCAACAUUCCGGUUGUGACAACAGACCCGUCCACUAACACAACUAGCACCGCCAAUACCUCCACUAGAGCAUCCCCUACACCAGAAGGAAGUACCACUACACCAGCAGGAAAUACCACUACAACAGCAGGAAAUACCACUACACCAACAGGAAAUAGCACUACACCGGCAGGAAAUACCACUACACCAACAGGAAAUAGCACUACACCGGCAGGAAAUACAACAAUCAACAGUACCCCCUCUGCUUUGAAUGCACGAGUCGCAGUUCUUCUUGACCUCCAGAGAAGUCUUGUUAAUGUAUCAAAUGAGAUACAGGCGUCACUAGACAUUUUUAACAAUAUCAGCACAACAGUCAAUACCAGGAGACAUCGGCGAAACGUUGGCAUCCUCGAAGCCCUGAACUCGCUGCUGGACAGAGUCGCAGCAGCCACAGGCCGCAACGACUCUAUGGGACUGACAGCUCUCGCGCAGGAUAUAAAUACCCAGAGAAGUGACCUGAAGACGCUCGCCGCUAAUGUCCGGACAAACUCCAGCCUGGUCGCUGAAAUAAAGGGCAGCGUUGCGACUACAUUCCAGAAAUUCCAGACAACAACAGCCAUGUUAAGGGCGAAGGAUAAACAGAUAAUGAGCGAGGUUGAUAUUCUGCAGCAACAAAUUUCGCAGCAGGGAGGACCCACGGUCGCCGUCUCAACAGCCUACAUUCCGGUUGUGACAACAGGAAAUACAACAAUCAACAGUACCCCCUCUGCUUUGAAUGCACGAGUCGCAGUUCUUCUUGACCUCCAGAGAAGUCUUGUUAAUGUAUCAAAUGAGAUACAGGCGUCACUAGACAUUUUUAACAAUAUCAGCACAACAGUCAAUACCAGGAGACAUCGGCGAAACGUUGGCAUCCUCGAAGCCCUGAACUCGCUGCUGGACAGAGUCGCAGCAGCCACAGGCCGCAACGACUCGAUGGGACUGACAGCUCUCGCGCAGGAUAUAUAUACCCAGAGAAGUGACCUGAAGACGCUCGCCGCUAAUGUCCGGACAAACUCCAGCCUGGUCGCUGAAAUAAAGGGCAGCGUUGCGACUACAUUCCAGAAAUUCCAGACAACAACAGCCAUGUUAAGGGCGAAGGAUAAACAGAUAAUGAGCGAGGUUGAUAUUCUGCAGCAACAAAUUUCGCAGCAGGGAGGACCCACGGUCGCCGUCUCAACAGCCUACAUUCCGGUUGUGACAACAGGAAAUACAACAAUCAACAGUACCCCCUCUGCUUUGAAUGCACGAGUCGCAGUUCUUCUUGACCUCCAGAGAAGUCUUGUUAAUGUAUCAAAUGAGAUACAGGCGUCACUAGACAUUUUUAACAAUAUCAGCACAACAGUCAAUACCAGGAGACAUCGGCGAAACGUUGGCAUCCUCGAAGCCCUGAACUCGCUGCUGGACAGAGUCGCAGCAGCCAUAGGCCGCAACGACUCGAUGGGACUGACAGCUCUCGCGCAGGAUAUAAAUACCCAGAGAAGUGACCUGAAGACGCUCGCCGCUAAUGUCCGGACAAACUCCAGCCUGGUCGCUGAAAUAAAGGGCAGCGUUGCGACUACAUUCCAGAAAUUCCAGACAACAACAGCCAUGUUAAGGGCGAAGGAUAAACAGAUAAUGAGCGAGGUUGAUAUUCUGCAGCAACAAAUUUCGCAGCAGGGAGGAUCCACGGUCGCCGUCUCAACAGCCUACAUUCCGGUUGUGACAACAGGAACCACCACUGCUGGAGGAACCACCACUGCUGGAGGAACCACCACUGCUGGAGGAACCACUUCUGUUGGAGGAACCACCACUGCUGGAGGAACCACCACUGCUGGAGGAACCACCACUGCUGGAGGAACCACCACUGCUGGAGGAACCACCAAUGCCGGAGGAACCACCACUGCUGGAGGAACCACUUCUGUUGGAGGAACCACCACUGCUGGAGGAACCACCACUGCUGGAGGAACCACCACUGCUGGAGGAACCACCACUGCUGGAGGAACCACCACUGCUGGAGGAACCACCACUGCUGGAGGAACCACCACUGCUGGAGGAACCACCACUGCUGAAGGAACCACCACUGCUGGAGGAACCACCACUGCUGGAGGAACCACCACUGCUGGGGGGACCACCACUGCCGGAGGAACCACCACUGCUGGAGGAACCACUUCUGUUGGAGGAACCACCACUGCUGGAGGAACCACCACUGCUGUAGGAACCACCAUUGCUGGAGGAACCACCACUGCUGGAGGAACCACCACUGCUGGAGGAACCACCACUGCUGGAGGAACCACCGCUGCUGGAGGAACCACUUCUGUUGGAGGAACCACCACUGCUGGAGGAACCACUUCUGUUGGAGGAACCACCACUGCUGGAGGAACCACCACUGCUGGAGGAACCACCACUGCUGGAGGAACCACCACUGCCGGAGGAACCACCGCUGCUGGAGGAACCACCUCUGCUGGAGGAACCACCACUGCUGGAGGAACCACCACUGCUGGAGGAACCACCACUGCUGGAGGAACCACCACUGCUGGAGGAACCACCACUGCUGAAGGAACCACCACUGCUGGAGGAACCACCACUGCUGGAGGAACCACCACUGCUGGAGGGACCACCACUGCCGGAGGAACCACCACUGCUGGAGGAACCACUUCUGUUGGAGGAACCACUUCUGUUGGAGGAACUACCACUGCUGGAGGAACCACCACUGCUGGAGGAACCACCACUGCUGGAGGAACCACCACUGCUGGAGGAACCACCACUGCUGGAGGAACCACCACUGCCGGAGGAACCACCACUGCUGGAGGAACCACCACUGCUGGAGGAACCACCACUGCUGGAGGAACCACCACUGCUGGAGGAACCACUUCUGUAGGAGGAACCACCACUGCUGGCACCACCAUUAAUGCCGGUGCUCUAACCGAAGAAGUCAGACAGUUAUCUGAAUUCCAGAGUGACCUUGUUGCUGUUGCAGGAGAGAUCGAUCAGGCAACGACCAUUUUACAGGAAAUACAAAACUCGAUCGGCCGCAGAAGACGGCGGCGCCAAGUGAAUGUCAUCGACGAGUUGCUUUCAGUUUUUGAAUUGGCUGAUGCAGCCAUCCAGGCGACCAACGUCAUAGCUCUGAAACAACUCCUGCAAAGAAUAAAAGAGCUGAGGGUAGAGUUAGGGAAGAUCGCCAACGACGUAAAGAAUAACGAUACGCUCGCUGCGGAAAUAAAAGGGAGCGUUGGCAAAGCUCUCGAGAAGUCUCAGAUGACGAAAGCCAGGAUAGCGCAAAAGGACCAAGAGAUAAAACAAAAGGUUGAUGAUAUUCAGCAACAAAUCUCGCAAGUGGGAGGGACGACAAUCCAAUUCACAAAAGCCAAUAUUACUUUUGUGACAACAGCUCCAUCUACUGGAGGCUCAGCUACUUCUGGAAGCACUUCACCUGGAGGGGACACUUCCACGGGAGGCGUCAUUUCUACUGCUGGAGGCACUUCAACUGGAGGCGACACUUCAACUGGAGGAGACACUUCAACUGGGGGAGAGACUUCAACUGGAGGCGACACUUCCACUGGAGGAGACACUUCAACUGGAGGAGACACUUCAACUGGAGGAGACACUUCCACUGGAGGAGACACUUCCACUGGAGGAGACACUUUCACUGGAGGAGACACUUCAACUGGAGGAGACACUUCUAUUGACCCAGAAUGA